AUGGACUGGAGUAGCAUUUUCCCAAAAAGCAGAAACAAGAUAACAUUUAUACGACUAGCCUACAAGGCGAUCCAGCAGAUCACUACGGCUCUUCGGCUCGAUGAAGACGACGAGGAUCUCAAAGCAUUCUAUUCCAAACUCAUCGUCUACUGCACUAUAAUAGAGAGCCGUUUACUCUCUUUUCCCGAUAGUGAUUUUUCAGAUCCCGGACUUGUCAAUUUAUUGUUAACACCUUUGAAACGAAUAUUCAGCGACAUCUACAAUGAUGUCUCUAUCAAUGACAUCAAUGCCUGGCCACAUGAGUUAGCCAAGCUCCACGAAAGAAUCCGAGGUAUCAAGUGCAACUCCACUAAGAUCAAAAUCCUUGGAACCUGUUUGAAAAUUGGAUCAACGCCUGAUGUUCACGAUGAGAUUGCGAAAUCCCUGGACUUCUGCGAAAAUGAGCUCAGGGUCAGAUACCCAGAAGACUUAUCCCACUGGGCUUUCGAAGAUCUUGCUCCUCAGCUGAGCAUCAGUGAGCCUACCUACGCCGUCUGGAACGCAGCCCAGUCGAUAUUCAAGGCCAUGGUGGCGUGCAUGGACUGCCCUUGCACACCAGCACAUGACCUUAGCGCUCGUCUCUUCAUGGGAACAUAUCGAAAGCCUCAGCUUCAGUCUGACGAUAACAAAGAUCAAGUUGAAUUCAACAUGUUUCUAUCAUCGCAGCAAAGCUGGCAGGAGGCUAUAGUGCACACAACCAAAGAGAAAAAGGUUCAGAUAGUCAUCGACGAACCGCAAAAUCCACAACCGAAAAAGGAGUGUGUUAGGACGAUGAAGGUCAAAAGUUUAUGUGAACCGAUCGCCAAGAUUAACUCCAAGGCAUCAUAUCGUCUCGUGUUCAAGGUCACAAAAAACCAACUAUUCAAACUACAGUCUGAAAGGAGUGGUAAACCUAUUGAUAACUCACAAAGCGCCGUGUCGCUCGAUGAGUUCUUGAGAAACAGAUCUGGCUCUUUGACUGAAAAGACGAAGCGAAUAUUGGCGGUGAUUCUUGCUUCCGCUGUUUUCCAUCUUCACAAUACUCCGUGGUUACAAUCUUCCUGGAGCUCAUCUGACAUCCUAUUCUUUCGGACACCGUCGUCGGCCAUACCCCUUAGGCCAUUCAUACACAGGCCACUUUCAAGUGUCCAUCAAACCGAAGAACCAAAUGCAAAUAAUGAAGCAACCCUCGAUCCGGAUGACUUGAACUCAGACAUAGAUCCAGACGAUAUCGACCCAGACGACAUCUUGAGCCACGACUGUCCCACACUCGUCAUUCUAGCUAUGAUGCUAUUAGAGUUGUACUUUGUGGCCCCUUUUGACAUCUUGGCCCAAAGAUUUGACAUCAAUCUCGAACCAGAUUCGCAGACCACAGCUUUUACAAGAUAUAUGGAUGUCAACUAUGUAUUCAAAGCCUGCCAAAAGGAAAUUCCAAGCAACUCCCAGUUCUAUUUAGCGAUCGAGAACUGCUUGGAUCCAAAAGUCUGGCAAGAUGAGGAAGGCAGGAAACUCGAUGAGCCCGCAUUGAGAGCCAAGAUCUAUAAGAGUGUUGUUCUACCACUCGAGACGGAGCUCAGUCAGGCUUACGGCGAUGUGAAAAUUGAAGAUCUGGAUCGAAUUGCACAGGACAUUGACUUUGGGUGUUGGGGUCAACCACUAACGACACGGGAUCAACGGAGCAGUACUGCGAAUGCUAAUGGUCGUGUUUCUGUAUCCGCAGAGCCUCCUCGUCAAUAUUCAGACGUGCUACCAUUACAUCAAAAAACAGAUGAAAUCAUUCGCGACACAAGAGCGCAGAUAGAUCUCCCGUCGAACAAGAGAAGAUGCAGUCGCUCCCCCAGUGGCGUGGAAUCCAACGGUGUCUUGUCCGAACUAUCACCCCUACCAGACUUACCAUCUUACUCCCGCUCAUCCUACACCGUCGGUAUCCUAUGCGCCCUCCCACUCGAGCUUCUUGCAGUACGGGCACUCUUCGACACCAAACACGACAGUCCUAGGUAUAUACGUGGAGACAGCAACACAUAUGCACUAGGCACAUUGAGCAAUCACAUGGUAGUUGCAGCUUGUCUCCCAGCUGGCGAGUACGGGACGAACGCAGCUGCAGACUCUGCGUCCAACAUGAAACGAACAUAUCCCAACAUUGAAUUCUGUCUUCUAGUUGGUAUUGGAGGAGGUGCGCCUACUCUGGAUAAUGAUAUAAGGCUGGGCGAUGUGGUUGUGAGUCUGCCUACGACGAAAUACCCUGGCGUGAUUCAAUAUGACCUCGGCAAAGAGAUUGAAGGCAGCACUUUUGAACUUACAGGGAGUCUUCAUCGUCCUCCGCGCUGUCUGAUGACUGCUGUCAGCUCCCUGCGAUCCAAUCCUGAUCUUCCCUCCAACGCUCUUCAGUCGUCCCUUGAAGAAGUCACAAAACGUGUUCCAGAGUCUUGGAAGAUGCGUUAUACACAUCCCGGACAAGACCAAGAUUUCCUCUCUAAAGCGAUCUGUACCACUUGUCAGGCUCACGGUGCAUGUUCCAACAGAGAGGCACAUGUGCAGAAAAGGACACUCAGACCGACCAACCAUCCUGAGAUCCACUAUGGUCUCAUCGCGUCAGGAAACAGAGUGCUCAAAGACGCAUGUGUGAGGGAUCGCUGGGCCAAGGACUAUGGUAUCUUGUGUUUCGAAAUGGAGGCGGCUGGAGUCAUGAAUACGUUUCCGUGUCUUGUUAUCAGGGGUAUUUGUGACUAUGCCGACUCGCACAAGAAUAAACGGUGGCAGCAUUAUGCAGCUGCGACGGCGGCUGCUUACGCCAAGUUACUACUUGGUCAUACAGCUGCAAAUAUUACGGACUGCGUAGCUGAAGACCCCGCUCAAUCUUGGCAUAUGACGAUGGCUACAGAACCCGAGAUUUCCCUGUCGAUAUUCCGGCUCAAGGAAGCAACACGAAUCAAUAUCGAGCGAAUACUGAGAUGUCCAAAGGAGAGCCCAGCAAGAGUCAUUCUCCUUGUCGGUCGUUCGGGCGCAGGGAAGUCAUCAAUUGCAGAACACGCUACAGACACAGUCGGAUAUUGCAAUGAUACCAAGGCACUCUGUAGACCACUGGAUACGUCAGUGGUUGAAUGGAUACAACGCUGCUUGGUGAUACCUCCCUUCCCUUCUCUGAAGGUCAUUGCUACGCACUGGGACUCCGACACACCACUGAAAGAGAUAGAGCACCGUUUCAGGCAGAGGAUGGGCAUUCUUAAAGACCUCAUAGAUGAUGGGGCCACUAUACUCAAGUAUAAGACAUUAUACAAGGACGGCAUUGAGAUACCUGAAAUACUCGAGAUACUCGACUGGAACAGACAAGGGAGAAGACAUUUGAGUUUGCAGCUCCGCGCAAUGAUUACCCGACAAUAUGGAAAUCCAUCAUCCAUCGGGCUCCAAAGACGUAACACUAGUGACUCGGUAUCCUCGGCUGAAAACAAAGGUCGUCUUCGAAUGUUUCUAUUCCAAACUACGCUCUGUUUCGAAGAUUUUGGUGGCUCUGACUCAUCUACCUCUGAUCAGGAUCCCUUCUCAGAUAUCCCAUUCAACGACAACUCUGAUUUGAGUGAGAUAACUUCCCUCCCAGGUAUUCCUUCAAUGCCAUUCAAAUUCAUUUCUCAUCUCGGAAUAGUCACUAUCCGAGAUGAAGUCUUCACAGACAAAACGCUUUCUCUGAGAGAAAAGCUUGCCACUGGGAAAAUAUACAAACACCCUGGGCCCUACCUAAAACAAGCCAACGAUGCCUUCGGAAGACCAGUAGACACCACGUUUCUUAACAGCGUCAUAGCGUUGGAGUUUGUUGCUUAUUCGAACAUGGAUGAUGCGGAACUUGAUGUUUUGGUUCAACAGCUCAUCAGCGUACACGGAAUUCUACAUCUCCGACCAGUAUAUCAUCCCAUAUUCUGGAACAGUCACGAUAUCGCCUGUCGAUUCGCAUAUAUAGCUGCUACACCUACAUCAGAUUUGAGCCGUCUUCGCCAAUUGUCCACGACAUUUGAGCGUGCCAAGUUUGCAUUUAUAAAAGAGCCAAAGCCAAAGCUAUCGCCUAUUGCUAUAUACAGUUUUUUCGCCAAGUUUUUACAUCUACACAACAGUCCUCGCUAUCUCUACAACAACCAGAAUUCCGUCAUGUCUCGCCAUGCCUCGGAAGGCAAGAUGUUUGCUGAGAUGGUGAAGCUGAGAUUUCCAAUUCUGAGAUACCUAAAUGAAGUAACGGAAGAGGAAUGGAAUGAUCUUAUAUUCGACUGCAAGAUAAGUGUGUGGCGCUGGUUGCAAGGGGGAGAAUCUCUAACGAGGGCGAGAGCUAGGGCAAAGGCCAAAUGGAGCUAUGUGCGCAAUGAAGCUGAGCUCAACGCCCCACCACGAGCCAUAUGA